AUGUUUGAUUUUGAGACAUCGGUGAACACCUUAUACGAUUCAUCAUCGUGUUGGAUAUUCACUGAAAAGCUUCUAUCAAAAGACGGUUCGACGAUGCGAAGGGCCCCCGUUAUCAACGGAGCUGAUGAUUCACGGGGAUCGAUGUACUGCGCGAGUGAACCGGACCCAAUUGGUCGAGUCCAGUACCAGUCGGGAGGGAUCAUUUACUCCAACAACAGCAGCAGCAUUGGCCAAGCGACUUUCAACCGCCCUCAUUCUGCACUUGAAGGUAAUUCCACCGAAAUCAUUGAAGUCGUCUGUCAGCCACACUAUGACGACAUGGAGCGGGAACGAGAACGCCCCAUUGUUGCCUGUUCACAGCCGCCAGUCCCGUCACUGCUUACCGAGUGCCAGCUCAGUGGAUCCCUCUUCUCAAUUGUUUCAGCACCGCCGGUACCGUUGGCCGAGUUGGAUGUCAAGCAAAUGGAUACGUUGGGUACGGGUCUACAGCCGGGAAUUGGCUAUGGUCUACAAAUGGGCGGUAGUGCACAGAACCCUUUCAUUACCGCUCACUCGAAUGUUUCAAUCGCUGAUGCGGCCGCCUCGGCCCCGGGUUCGGCCACGUCUACCAUACCCCGGCGUCCGGCCAGCUUACCCAUCGAUCAACCCUAUUGUCCGGCGCCAGCGAGUCGCACGUUGCACGCCAGCCUGCUGGAACAUCAGAUAUCGGAAAUUGAAGAAGAUGACAAUGAAAACCUAUUAACGGUCUCGAGUAUUACGGCACGGCCCUUAAUUGCCAAAUCCCGUGAAUUACGCUCGAGUCGUAAUUUAUGCAGCAGUGCCGGUAAACGGAAACGUGGCAAAGGUGGUCAUAAAUUGCCCGCUGGCAUCUCGAAUAUACCCAGUAAUACGGAUUCGAGGGCCAGUUCUGGUCAUCCGCCAUCAUCACGUUCUUCAAUCAGCACUGAUCCGCCAGAUGGCGGUUAUGGUUGGUUUAUUGUAUUCGGAGCAUUUUCGGUACAAUUUUGGGUAGCGGGUUUGGUGAAAUCCUAUGGCGUUUUAUAUGUUGAAAUCAUGGAAACAUUUCCCAGUUCUACUGCCACUGUGGCCUCUUGGAUACCUGCAAUACUAUCGGCUUUGUGUUUGGCCUUGGCUCCACUCUCAAGUGCUUUGUGUCAGCGCUUUUCCUGCCGGACAGUUGUUUUUAUUGGUGGUCUUUUCUGUGCUCUCGGCAUGUGUCUUAGCUACUUUGCCACCAGCCUGGUACAUUUACUCUUUACCUUUGGCAUACUCACCGGUAUAGGUGGUGGUCUCUCCACCACUCCCGGCAUUGUUAUAGUUUCGCAAUACUUUGAUAAACAUCGGGCUUUAGCCAAUGGUAUCUGUGUUUCGGGUACCGCCACCGGCAGCUUUAUUUUGCCGGUACUCAUCAAACAUUUAGCCGAGAAUUUUGGUUUUCAUGGCACCAUUUUAAUAUUGGGAUUCUGUAUGCUGGACGUGUGUAUAUCUGCUCUGCUCUACAGACCUUUGGAAUCAUUUCACACCGACGAUGAUAAGAAUAUCGAAGAGGAAGAUGCUACCAAGCCUCUGAAUGAUAUAAAUCCUAGCAAUAUUGAUAUGUUAACUAAUUCAACCUAUUUGGAUACUUGUGAUGACGGUUUGAAUACUAAGUUCAUAGAACAUUUAUUUAUGGAAGAGUCGAAAAAUCGUUUAAAUGAUUACUAUAAUAAUAGAUAUAAUGCUUCUGAAAAAUCUGUUCCUAAUUGUGCUCAAGAGAGCGAUGAUGAGGUUAAGGAUAUUAUAGGCGAGACCACUUUUAUCAAACCCAUUAAAAAAGUACGAAGUUCCGGUAUUAUGCACUCAGUCGAAGACUUAAGCACCACCUCUACUUGGGUCUAUCGCAAGAACUCGGGCACCGAUUCAAAUCGUGGUUCUCGUCGUCGUCGCAAUGUUUUUGCCAACGAUGAAAUCAUUUCUAAAAUACAAGCCCAUUUGGAAAAACCACUCUCACCCCCCGCCGUUGUUACACGUGGUCUCAGUAAGAGCAUGGAAAUACCUACACCUGCCAGUAAUAUGAGUGAAAUCAAGUCAUUGGAAAAAGAACAGGACGGCAGUUUAGUGGGUGCCAACUCCAUAGAGGAAGAUGUAGAUGAUGCACCUUUAACUUGCAUUGAAAGGAUCGAAAUUUAUUUGGAUAUUAGUUUAUUAAAGGAUCCAACAUUUAUAUUGAUGUGCUUGUCGGUGACCCUAAUGUCAGUGGGAUGUCCCUAUAUGUUGUAUUAUUUACCCGCUCAUGUUAUUUCAAUUGGUUAUAAUAAAAGCGAAGCUGGCUAUUUGGUAACCGUUAGUGCUGUUUUAGAUCUUGUUGGACGCUUAGGUCUAGGAUGGCUUUCCGAUUUGCAAUUAUUCGAUCGCAGAAAGACUUAUAUAUUUUGUAUACUAGGAGCUGGCAUUGCUGUACUCACCAUACCCUCGGAAUACACUAUUUAUCUGGUGGGUCUAUCGGCAGCCAUUUAUGGUUUCUGUUUAGGCAGCUGGUAUGUUUUGAUGCCAGUUUUAUUGGCUGAUAUCUUCGGCACCGAUCGCAUAAGUUCCAGUUAUGGUUUAGUGCGUAUGUUUCAAAGUAUUGGUGCGAUAUCAGUGCCACCUUUAGCCGGAUUCCUAAGAGAUUUAUCGGGCAGUUAUGCUAUUGUAUUUUAUUGUAUGGGCUCCUGUAUGGUCUUAGGCUGUUUGCCGCUAUUAGUUUGGGCCAUUUUAGAUUGUCGGGAGCGUAAACUAUAUGAAGAUAAUGAUAAUAAUGAGGAUACAUCAUCAGUAUCUUAGAUUGUUUAAGAAACAGAUAAUAUUUGGUAUUAUUUGAAAUUAAGUUAUAUAUUUUAUUUUAGUAAUUAGCAUGUUGAGCGUAUUAAGUUAUUUAAUUAAUUUUAGACACAGCAGCAAAUACUACAGUUUGUAAACCCAUUUCAUAUGUAUUUAAAAAAAAAAAACUUAGUGGAAAUUGUUAAAAAUUAGUAGUUUGCAGUAAAAAACAAAAGAUAUAAUUUAGUUGUUGCUACCAAUACCAAAACCUAUGAACUUAUAGAUUUUAAAUAGCAUUUAUCUUUAUUCCAGCUGAUUUAUAAGACUAUAUGGGAAAUUUCAAGUAUUUUUAUUUCGCAAAGAGAGGAUUCGCAAUAAGUUUUGAUAAUUAAAGGAAUUUUGUGAAAAAUACUUACUAAACAUAUAUAGCUUUAUGAAGACCAACGUUUGUGGUCUCAAUAGUAAAACAAAACAUAAUAUAACUUUGUUUAGAUUUCGUUAUAACCCCGAUUUAGUAUUAGUUUUUUUGCAUGAUAAACUAAAUAUUUCGGAUUUACAAAUACCUUAGUUAAUACCCAGCGUAUAGUGGGUAAUAUAGUUGUUUACUCCAAUCGGAAGUUAGUGACCAUUUAUAGUUAAAAUAUGUUGGUCAAAAGCUAUAAUUUAUUUUGGAGAAAAAAAUACUAUUGUUUAAUUGAAUUAAGAGUAAAUAUUUAUAGUUGUUUAAAUUUAAGAGAAAAAAUAGGUCGCUGUGUUAAGUGCCUGCCAUUUUUUUUGUAUAUCAUAUCUCCCCUCUCCCUACCUUGUAUUGAUAUUUAUCAAAAUUCCUAUAACGUAUUUCAUACAAAAAUCUUGAAACAUACUAUCGAUGAUUUCUGGAUCGUUUUCUCACUAAUAAGCCAAAAGAUUUAUUUUUUGGUAGUUCAAAUUUUAUAGUUUUUAUGUUUUUUUUAAUGCCCAGAAUAUUGGAUCUUAUACCGACUCCCCUCAUAGCCUUUAAUGCUUAGUCCACACACCAUUUCCCUAUGUAUACAGGGUACAGAAUAUUAACUGAACUAUUGUCUACCUGUCUAAGACUAUAGAUUGUACAAUAAUCUACUUUAAGUCUAAACUAUAGACUGUACUAUUGUCUAGAUUAUAGAAUGAACAAUUGUCUUUGAUCUUCACUAUUGGCUGGGUUAACGCCUAUGCAAUAGACUUGUCCAAAGUCCAGGCUAAUUCUAGAUUAAACUAUAGACUAUAGACUUAACUUAAUUUAAAACUUAAAUCUAUAUAUAACUCAAAUAAAGACUUAAGUCUAUAAUAAAGCUUUGAGUAAAGUCUAGACUAUAGAUUUGACUAAAGUCUGGACUAUAGUCUAGAAGUUUUGACUAUAGUCUAUACUAUAGACUUGCAUAAAGCCUAGAUAAAGUCUUAACUAAUGUUUAGAAUAUAGACUUAACUAAAGUCUAUAUAUUAACUAAAGUCUAGACUAUAGAUUGGACUAAAGUCUACACUAUAGUUUAGAAGAUUUGACUAAAGUCUAAAUACAGAUUUGUCUAAAGUCUACACUAUAGUCUAGAAAUUUUGACUAAAGUCUAGACUACAGAUUUGACUAGAGUCUAUACUAUAGACUUGCAUAAAGCCUAGAUAAAGUCUUGACUAUAGACAUGACUAAAGUCUAUAUAUUGACUUAAGUCUAGACUAUAGAUUUGAUUAAAGUCUAUAUGAUAGAUUUUUCUAAAUUCUACACUAUAGUAUGGACUAAAGUCCAAACUAAAGUCUUGACUGAAGUCUAGAAGUGUUGGACUAUAGAUUUGACUUAAGUCUAAACUAUAGAACUGACUAAACUCUUGACUAUAGAUUUGACUUAAGCCUGGGCUAUAGACUUUACUUAAUUCUGUAUUAUAGAAUUGACUAAAGCCAUGACUACAGUUAUAUAAAGUCUAGAUUAUAGACUUUAGUUAUAUAAAGUCUAGAUUAUAGACUUUAGUUAUAUACAGUCUAGACUAUAGAUUUGACUAAAGUCUAUAUUAUAGAUUUCCCUAAACUCUACACAGUAUUAUUGACUAAAGUCCGAACUACAGUCUUGACUAAAGUCUAGAAGUUUUGACUCAAGUCUAAACUAUAAACUUGACUGAAGUCUGGUUUGACUUAAGUUUAAGUCUAGAUUAUAGAACUAAAUAUAGUCUAGAUUAUAGAAUUGACAUAAGUUUAGAUUAUAGUAUGAGUUAAGUCUAGACUUAGUAUUACAUACGCCCAGACUAUAGUAUGACUAGACUAUAGGCUUCAAUAAAGUAUAGACUUAAUUGACCAAAGUCUUCAUUAAAGUUUAGACUAUAGACUUGACUAAAGUGUAGGCUAUAAACAUGACUAAAGUUUAGACUAUAGAAUUGACUAAAGUCUAGAAUAUAGACUUGAUAAAAGCCGUGACUAUGUCCAAAGUCUAGAAUAUAGUUUGACUAAAAUCUAGACAAUAGACUUGACUAAAGUCUAGAUUAUAUACUUGACUAAAGUCUAGAUUAUAUACUUGACUAAAAUUUCGACUAUAGAAUGGUACUAAAAACUCGUCUAUAGACUUGGCUAAAUCUAGGCUAUAGAUUGGACUACAAUCUAUAGUGCAGUUCAUAAUACAAACUUUUGUCUGGACUAUAGUCUAGACUGGACAAUAUUCUAGACUAUAUGGACUUGUUGAAUGUUUACACUAUAUAUAGUGAAGUUCAUAGUGUUGAUUUCACUUGACUAUUACAUAGACUACAGAUUGGUGUAAACUAUAGUAUGAACAAUAGUCUAAAGAGAUAGUCUAAGAGAUAUCCUUAUCUAGACUAUAUAGAGUAGCCAGCUUUUGUUUAGUCCAUUUUGGCAGCAAGAAAAGACGGAUUAACAUAAAAAGGCCUAUUCGGAAUUGUAAAUUCCCGGGGAGUUUGUUUCCUCUCCUAUACAUUAUGAAUGUAAAAGAGAAUAAACUCCCGGGGUAUUAUUGUUUUUAAUUGGCCAGAAAGAGUUGCCUUUUGAAAACACUAAAUCUUGCUCACACUUUCUUCACUAAUCUGCAUUAGAUUAUGAGGCUGUGGUAGUCCCAAAACAGGGGGUUUUUAUCGAUAUAUAUAAAUCCAAUACCCAUAGUUCAGAGAGGAGUUUAAAGGUAUCUCACUGCUUCAGUUUUCCCCAGAUCUAUGAUCACAUUGCAGUCGCUAAAUGAUACUGGCUUACAGAAACAACCAACUCAACAAAUUGCGGCAUUUGUUGUGAGAGAGAUCUCCGGAGAUUAUGACGACCCGAUAUAGAAAAACUUUUCUUUUAAAUCCUUUUGUAUUUUCCUAAAAAAAAUCAAAGUUUCCAAUUACAGAGUAUUCCUAAAGGCGGGUAAAAACUUAUAUUUAAAAUAAUAAAAAAGGCUUCACUUACAUAUUUACUAUUCCACUAAUGGAUCAAAUUAAUGUUUAGAUAUCGUAAGACCUGUUAUAACAAGUACCUGUGACCGAUAUAAAGAAUUUUCUUUGGAUUUGCUGUAAAAUCUUCAUAAAAAACAAAGGUUUCCUUUAAAACAUAUUUUGUCGAUUGUUAUUUGAUAAACUAAAACUUUGAACGAUUGUUUUAUUAUUAAAAAAUAUUAAUAAAGAACGGAUCUAUGUUCAAAAUCGUUUAUUAAGAUAAAUUCAAAAUUUCUAAAUAUUCAAAAUUUAAACAUUUUGCUUUCAUUUUAAGAGAUUUGUUUUUCGAAAUCUUAUAAAAUGUUUAAUCUUACAAGGGUCUAAACUUAAACAUACAUUGUCAUAAACCAAGUAAAGGUAACAUGUCUAAAUCUAGACCCAUAUAAAUUUAAUUACAAAAAAAACUCUAUAUAACUUUAAUUGUCCUCGCUUAAUGCCUUUAAUUUUUGGUUUAUUUAUAAUAAUUUAAUUUGAAUUAUUUAAUUAUUAUUAAAAAAACAAAAACCCAACAACAACUUAAGCACUAAAAAUGCGCAAAAGAACUGAGUUUAAAACAACAAAGACAUUAAGAAUUUUUUCCAAUUAGUCUAACACUGCCAAUCGAAGAAAAUCAACGCUGCUUUUUUAAAAACAGAGUUGCAUUCUGCCCCGCAUAUUGGCAAACGUUUAGACUGCUGGUGAAAAUUGUUAUACAAAUAAAAUAAAUGAUUAUUUUUAAAUUGUAAUAUGAAAUAUUAACAUAAUAUUUAUAAACAAAAUAUUACGAGAAACAACAAAAUAUAUUAUUAACACCUGCAUUAUAAAA